GCAGCAUGUUCAAGCUGGCCCCCUACUGGGCGGCCCAUGAGCCUGUCGAUAUGGUGGUUUGAUGUUGGAUGGAAAAUAAGAACCCCCCACAACAAACAGACAGGGCUGGAACAGAGAGACUGGAACAGAGAAAGAGAGGGUAGAAAGGGAAGAACCAUCGACAGAUGGACUCUGUUGUGAUUAAAGAUGGCGGCAGUCUUUACUGCAGACUACGAAGGACUAUACUCGAUCCAUAGAAAAGCGGUGGGAGUAGUCUGCGAUUCAACACAACAAAACCAAGAACGACACAAUAAGGAACAAAUGGAUGGAAAAGACAAUCUAUUAUGGCGACAUUCUGCUUUGGCCAGGCCUUCUCGGGUCAAGGUGAUGAGAGUGACGCUACCAUUACUGCAGCCCGAUGUGUUAAAUAAUCGUGCAAUGGAAUUCUCAGUAAAUGGAUCUACUGCUGGAGGAUGUGUGAGGAAGACAAUUAAACUCAAGCUCAGAGAUUGGGAUUGCGGUAGUCGGGAGAUAUGUGCCAUCGCUUUGCUGGUUGUAAAUCUAUUCGGAAAUUGGUGUGGGAUUCCCUCUGUGUCCUCUGACGGAGUUUUUUUGCAGUGGCAUAAGUAGAGGUCUGGAUCUACUAGUUGUGCAGUGUGGGCUCUACAGGGACGUGGUUUAUGGAUGCUGGGACUAUGAGCAUAAGCGACAAAAGGGACUACUUAGCAGACCUGGGAGGCAGCUUCACUGAGGAUGCUCCGAGACCUCCAGUCCCAGGGGAAGAAGGUGAGCUGGUGUGCAGUGAUGGACGCCAAUACAACCACCUCGGCUUUUCCCCAAAGAACGAGAGCCUCAAAUGUGAGGCGUCUGUGGCUACACCCAGGCGACCUGACUUGGACCUGGGUUAUGAGCCGGAGGGAAGUGCUUCCCCUACACCGCCCUACUUAAAGUGGGCAGAAUCUCUUCACUCCCUCCUGGAUGAUCAAGAUGGCAUCCAUCUAUUUAGGACGUUCCUCAAGCAGGAGGGGUGUGCAGAUAUGUUGGACUUCUGGUUUGCGUGCAGUGGCUUCCGCAAACUGGAAGCUAAUGAGGGUAAUGAGGAGAAGAAGGUCAAACUGGCAAAAGCUAUCUAUAAGAAAUACAUCCUGGACAACAAUGGGAUUGUUUCCCGACAGAUUAAACCAGCUACCAAGUCCUUCAUCAAAGACUGUGUCAUGAAGCUUCACAUUGAUCCUGCAAUGUUUGACCAGGCUCAGACUGAGAUACAGACUAUGAUGGAGGAGAACACCUAUCCCUUAUUUCUUAAGUCUGACAUAUAUUUGGAAUAUACACGGACAGGAGGAGAGAGCCCUAAGAUGUACAGCGAUCAGAGCUCUGUUUCUGGGCAUGGAAAGGGGCUGUCCGGUUAUUUACCGACUUUAAACGAGGAUGAGGAAUGGAGAUGUGACCAGGAGCCGGAGGAGCAGCCCGAGUGUGACCCCACACCGAGCAACCGGCUCACUCAGAAGCUGCUAAUGGAGACGGCACCGCAUCGUGUUGCCAACAGCGCAAGAUUCCAGGACAGUCAUGAGUACAGGCAUGCACCAUGUCGGGAGCCCAUCAACCCGUACUAUGUCAACACUGGUUAUGCUAUGGCUCCUGCCACCAGCGCCAAUGAUAGUGAGCAGCAGAGUAUGUCCAGCGACACAGACACGAUUUCCCUUACCGACAGCAGUGUAGAUGGGGUUCCACCCUACAGAUACCGCAAACAGCAUCGCCGGGAGAUACACGAAAGUGCCAAAGCAAAUGGGCGAGUGCCACUACCUCAUAUUCCACGCACAAACCGGAUUCCAAAGGAUAUACAUGUGGAGCCGGAAAGGUUUGCUGCAGAGCUGAUCAGCAGACUGGAGGGCGUACUGAGGGAGAGGGAGGCUCAAGAGAAGCUAGAGGAGCGACUGAAGAGAGUGCGAUUGGAAGAGGAAGGUGAUGAAGUCAUGUCCACAGACACAGCAUUAUCCAGUCACAGGUUACCCCCUGGUGCUUAUUUGCAGAAUUACAACUCGCAUUACAACUCGCGCUAUGCUGACAACACCUACAGCGGUCUUAUUCUGAGAGAUGCUCAUGAGGAGAAUCCCGAGAGCAUCCUGGACGACCACGUCCAGCGGGUCAUGAAGACUCCCGGGUGCCAGUCACCAGGCACAGGCCGUCACUCUCCCAAGUCACGCUCACCAGACGCUGUCCUAGGGGGCAAAGGGACAGGACUUGGAACGGCGCAUGUUAAAUAUUCAUCCAGGCACGGUCUCAAGGGAGACCCCAGCCACCUGUACCACCACAAACAUGCGCACCACAUCCACCACGCAGGCGUCGGCAAGCCCAAAGAGCAGGCAGAAGCUGAGGCUGCUGUUCGUGUACACGGCAGCUUUCCAUGGAGCACAGAGACAAGUCCUCAUGGAUCAAAGUCUCGCACCUACGCAGAUGGCAUGGGAUCCAACCCCAUGGAGCAUACAGGGUAUAGUAGCAAAGGUGGCACACAGUUUAAAAGGGCGUUCAAGAAAGGUGAGGAAUUGCGGCCUCAUGACAUGCCAGCGCCUGCAGAGGAGAUGGAGAAAAACCAGAAGAUCCUAUUGUGGCUGAUGGAAGGACAGAAAGAAAUGGUUCAACAUAAGAGGAGCCCAUAUGGGAGUACCACCGUGUCCAAGAGGACCACAGGUCAUGAGGCCCAACUGCGGAACAACAUGCAGCCGUCUCACCCUUUCAUCCAGGAUCCCACCAUGCCCCCAAAUCCAGCUCCCAGCCCCCUCAUCCAGCUGGAGGAGGUGCGCCGACGGCUUGAGGAGGAGAAGAUCAAGUCUGGAACUGUACAACUUAAGCAAAGGUAUGUGAUGGAGGUAAUCCAGAGGGGUCGCACUGCAGUCAGGCCUGCACUGUUCCCUCCGCUCAGCGUGGUGCCCGCCGUCUCUGACAUCGAGCUCUCCCAGCCCGAACACAAAGCCACUAAAAAGCAGCCAUGUGAAAACAUUACUGUGGCGUAUUACUUCUGUGAGGAGCUGAUACCGUACAGGACGUCUGUCAAAGGGAGGGUCGUCACUCUGCGCCAGUUCACAGAACUGCUAACAAAGAAAGGAAAUUACAGGUACUAUUUCAAGAAGGUAAGCGACGAGUUUGACUGUGGGGUGGUGUUUGAAGAGGUACGUGAAGAUGACGCUAUCUUGCCUAUCUUUGAGGAGAAGAUUAUCGGGAAAGUCGAAAAAAUUGAUUGAAGGUCAUGUUGAAGAGGAAGGAGUCCAAAAGGGGCAUCGUGUGAUGGACUGAGGAGCGAUUGGAUGGUGAAGUGGAAGUGUUUUAGGAUUGAGACCGGUGGAGCGCAGAAGAAAGUGAUACAGUAGAAGUGGAUCUAAAGUUGAAGAGCAAAGCAGUGUUCACAGAGGACCACUUGUGACUUUUGAGGCUCGGUAGCACCACUGCAGUGACAUUGGACUAGAAGGAAAAAAAAAGACCUCAUUCACUUCUUUGAAGUGUAAGGUAGUAUGGUUAAGUUUAUUAGAUAAAUGCAGCUAAAAGUGCUACUAAAGCUUAAUAUUUUUGAUAUGAUGUAUCAGAGGAUGUCCUUUCUAAAGUAACCACACUUGUCAUUUUUAUGUAUUGAUACCAGAUGUGUACAGUUUGUGUUAAAAUAUAACUAAAUUUUAUACAUAUUUAAGUAUUUAAAAUGCUCAUUUUCAAUCAAUUUCCGCCCCUGUUGAAGACGAUCAAAAUCCUUUUUUAGUUUUUUUUCCAUUGUACGAGCCCUCUGGACUCUGUUUGUGCUCUUCUUUGUGCGUUUAACACUUCACUUACCAGUACUUUAUUUUGUGGCAUUCAGUCAGGCUGCACUUUCAUUGUAUUAUAUACCACUGACUAUGUCUCACUGUAGGCUGCAACAUGAAUUUCUAUGAGUGACCAGAUCAAUGGAAACCCUGUUCAGUGUGCUGCAAUCCAGCACAACAGCCCAAUGUUUUAGAAAAGUACUAAGAAGAUAAUGGCCAUUGUUGACACUGCUGGAGAGAAGUUAUGGCCUUUUUUUAGGCUCAAACUUUGUGGUGGUGUUGUAAUAUUGAUAUAAGAAACACAAAGUUAUUUAUUAUAGGGCUGUUUUAUUGGGUUGCAUUACUGCAUGUUGUACAGGGAGUUUUAUUUUUCUGGUAAUUUGGUGUAUACUGCAUGUAAAUGUAGCCGCUGGCUGUGUUUAUGUCUUCUGCUGCAUUGUUUUUACUCAACCCAGUUGAAGUUUUAAGAAGAUGCCUGACAAAAUAACACAGUAGAUGCAAUAAUACUGUAAAAAAAAAAGAAGAAAAAAGAUACGAUUGGAAAGCUAAGGUGAAUAUCUAUGCAAGUUGGUUCCCCAAAUCCAAAAACUACAUUGGGCAUUAAUAUUAAUUAACACAGUAAAUAACUUUGAAAAAUGUUUAGAGCAAUUAGAAACAGUCAGGCUAUUAAAAGCGUUUGUUAAGAUGGUACUUAAGUCAAUUCAUCAGGCUGAAAUUUCAGUUGGGUAGAGGCUAACAAGCUUUUCUUUUUUACCAUUCUGAUGAUGAAUUCUGAUUGUGGAUGAGUAAUUCGACCUUUAUGAACAUUUGGAAAACAGUUAUUCUUGGAGGCCAGUUGGCGGAUUUUCUUUUUAAUUAUUUUAGUUUAACACUGAAUGACAUGGUUUGGGGUUCAGUUUCUAAAGUCAAGUACUGCCUUCAGCUUUCGAGGUUGUUUUUCAUGAAACAGAAGUGUUCCCAUCUGUAGACUUGCACAUUCAGGGUCAAGCCUGCAGUGCAGAGGCUCCUUGGACCUGUUCAACGGAGAUCGUAUCACAGCAUUUGAAUGAGAAGGCCAGCGAAUGUCAUUAGGAUACUAUCAAAUGUUGAUAAUUUUUGUGCAAUGAAGGUCACAUAAAGGCAUGUUUAAGUGCUCUACCAUUUGACAGACUGUGGAGAGGCAGGCUAACAGACACUGAAAUGUUGCGUUUACUUUUAAGUUAUUUUUUUUCUCCAGCUUCGAGGUUCGUACUUGUUCCUUUCUGUGAACCCCAAGACUUACAGUACCAUCUCAAACUUGUAAUCUCUUCUUAGUUGAUCUAUCAGUUAGGAAGGGGCUGCUCUCUAAUCUGUAGCCUUCUCUAGCUUACCACAGCUACAUCUUGUGCCUGGCAGGAAUUAAUUGUUUAGUGCAAAUGAUCUACUUUUGAUAGAUCACGUUACGCCAAAGAGAAAACAAAGUAGAUGGUAGGUACUAGGCAUGCUCUUGAUAUUCCCCUUCGUUUUGUGACAGCACUUAUUAUCCGGUAUCCUUGUUAUUAAUUCUUUUAUAUUAAAACAUUGAAGCUCUUGUAUGGAAGACCAGAAUGUUCUUUGCAAUAGACACGGUGUGUAUGAUUGCAGUUUUCUGAUGUGUCUUGUCAUGAACAUCAGCUUUGAAAGCAGCACAUUCAUAUGGAACACUUCAUGAAGUUUGCAGGACAUUUAGACCUUUUAUUAUUAUUGCAACACAGAAAUGCCAAUUUGUGUUUCCUGUCCCCUCUGUUUGGCAGUGUGAAUGAAAUCUUUGCACUGGAAUAGCACAAACUAGGAUGAAACCACUAGUCAUGCUGGGGAAGCAUCACAACAUUAAGAUUCAAGGCCACUAGGUUGUUGUUCUUUUCUGUACCUCUCCAUUGUGCUGAAGUCCAUGUUUUUAUAUAUAUAUAUAUAUAUAUAUAUAAUUGUAAUAUAAUAAAAGCCCUUUUGUUAUGAAAUAAUAGGCACAAGGGCAAGUGGACCUUGAAACCAGAGUGCUGUAUUGUUUGUGUCGUUGCAUAGAAACCCAGUGUAAGGAAGAUCUCCUUUUUUGAAAUGCUGUUUGCCUUUUUUUUUUUAUUUAUAACUUAAAUCAGUUUAACUUCCAAUAUAUUUACUGCAUUUGCCUCUAAUGGUCCUUUUGUCUGUUAAAUUAUACAUGUUUGAGUACAUGAUCAAGUUAAAUACUAUAAGUAUUAUCUUGAUUUCCAUCGUUUAUUUCUUUUGAAAUAUAAAGUAUGAAAUAUGUUAUGCUUCUUACCGUGAAAGCCCUUAAAGUAAACUUCCCUAAUUAAAGAUCAGUGAAAUGUAUAUAAUAAACAUCUCAGUGCCUUUAUUACUAUGCUAAUGAUGUCUGUGUGAUCUUUAGACAAAUGUGGGGACAUAAAUACCAGGGAUUAGCUUUAUAUUUUUGUUAAGACUUUUAUUUUAUUUUGUCUCACUUGUUUAAUGUGUUUCACUGUUCCACCUUUUCUAUGUAAAUAUGUACAACUUAAAUGUGUCAUCAACCAGCAGCCCAGUCAGCACAUCCAGUGUUUCUUUUCACUAACUAGCAUGGUUACUAUUUAAAGGUACCUGGACAAUAAAUACAUGCAAUAAACCAGCGCUUGAGUUCUGAGUACUGA